UGUGAACGAGAGAGUGAAUAAUAAGGCAGCAAAUAGAAUAGGAACGGGGAGAAGGGGGAAGGUCAAUGGUGGCAGCAUCGUGGAAAGGGCGAGUCAACGGAAGAGAGAGAAAGAAAAAAUGGUAUUUAAUGGUGUCUUCUGGGAGUUUUAGGUAACAAAGCAUUUCCUGUUACUAUUACGGUUUACGGACCGCCGAUUAAAAAUAGAAAUUAGUGUGAUUUUAGAUGAAUGGUACUUCGAUAUGAGGUAAAAGAUUUCACCGUAGUACAAUCACCGUGGAUCCAAAGCCAAUAUUCCACGCACCUGAUUUGGUAGGCAAAAUAACAUAAUAAAGCCUUUAUAAUCUGUAAUAAAUUAAAAGCAAGAAAAUAAAUUAUAUUCUACAUUUUAGGGGGAAAAAACCGAGCACAAGCAAGCAAGGUAGGGCAACGGUGACCGGUGUGUUUGCUUGUACUUCACUGUAUGCUUCUCAAACUCAAAAAAAUGGUGGAUUGUUGAAUUUUGAAUGCGUUGCCAACAUUAGUUCAUUCGAUUGCUGUCUGCGCUUCAGUCCACUAUGGCAAGGCUUAGUGUUAUCAACACAAUCUGCAGGGGCCUCUCUUCAUUCCCGGGUAAAGUGUCCCGAGGGCAAGGAUCCUCCCAGUGCCCGCCUCUCUCCGAUCAGCUUUUCAACUCCACUCCCCAAUCUGGUUCUUUUAGAUUAGGCGAUUCCACUUUCUAUUCCCUCAUUCGCCACUAUGCCCAUACUGCUGAUUUUGCUUCUUUAGACAAUGUUUUAUGUCGGAUGAAGCUCCAAAACCGAGUUUUUAUUGAGAAGUGUUUUCUAGUCAUCUUCAAGGCUUAUGGGAGAGCCCAUUUACCCGAUAAAGCUGUGGAUUUGUUCCAUAGGAUGUCCCAUGAUUUUCAUUGCAUACCCACUGUAAAGUCCUUUAAUUCUGUUCUCAACGUCAUUAUACGAGAGGGCUUUUAUCAUCGAGCCUUGGACUUUUAUAAUCGUUCCGUUAAUGCCAAGAACACCAACAUUUCUCCAAAUGUGCUCACUUUUAAUCUGCUUCUUAAAGCCUUGUGUAAGUUGGGAUGGGUCGAUCGUGCAGUCGAGGUGUUCAGAGAAAUGCCUCUGAGGAAAUGUCCGCCCGAUGUCUAUACUUACUGUACAUUGAUGGAUGGAUUAUGCAAGGAGGAUAGGAUUGAUGAGGCUGUUUCCUUGUUGGACGAGAUGCAAACCGAGGGUUGUUUCCCUUCUCCUGUUAUCUUUAAUGUAUUGAUUAAUGGGUUAUGCAAAAAGGGUGACUUGGUUCGCGCUGCCAAGCUAGUGGACAAUAUGUUUCUCAAAGGUUGUUGUCCUAACCAGGUCACUUAUAACACACUCAUUCAUGGUUUGUGUAUGAAGGGGAAGUUGGAUAAGGCAGUUAGUCUUUUGGAUCGCAUGGUGUCCAGUAAUUGUAUUCCUAAUGACGUCACAUAUGGAACCAUCAUUAAUGGGCUUGUUAAGCUAGGGAGAGCGGAGGAUGCAGUUAAGCUAAUGACUGCUGUGCAGGAAAGAGGGUAUGGAGUGAAUGAAUAUGUUUACUCAGCCCUUAUUAGUGGGUUGUUCAAGGGUGGUAAGUCCGAGGAUGCAAGGAAACUAUGGACUCAAAUGAUGGAAAAAGGAUGUAAACCAAACAUUGUUGUUUAUAGUGCUCUUAUAGAUGGUUUGUGUCGUGAAGGAAAGCCAAAUGAAGCCGAGGAAGUUCUAUCUGAAAUGAUAGACAAGGGUUGCACCCCUAAUGCUUAUACAUAUAGCUCCCUGAUGAAGGGUUUCUUCAAGGCGGGCAAUAGCCAUAAGGCAGUCCAGCUAUGGAAAGACAUGGCAGAACAUGAAUGUAUUCACAACAAGGUUUAUUACAGCAUACUGAUCCAUGGCCUUUGUGAGGUUGGUAAUCUCAGCAAAGCUAUGAUGGUGUGGAGAGAGAUGUUAGAAAAAGGUUGUAAACGUGAUGCAGUGGCUUACAGUUCAGUGAUUCAGGGCCUCUGCAAUGCUGGCUCAAUAGAAGAAGCUUUGAAACUUUUUCAUGAGAUGCUUUGUCAAGAGACUGAAUCUCAACCAGAUGUGGUCACCUAUAAUAUACUUUUUAAUGCUUUAUGCAACCAAAAUAGCAUUUCCCAUGCCAUUGAUCUCUUAAACGGCAUGCUGGAUAGGGCCUGUGAUCCUGACAUAGCCACAUGCAAUAUAUUUUUGAGAACACUGAGAGAGAAGCUAGACCCUCCUCAAGAUGGAAGGGAGUUUUUAGAUGAGCUUGUCAUCCGGUUAUUAAACAGGCAAAGAGUUUUUGGUGCUUCCAGAAUUGUGCAAGUGAUGCUACAGAAUUUUUUGCCACCAAAAGCAUCUACUUGGGAAAGAGUUGUCCAAGAGCUCUGUAAACCUCAAAAAGUUCAAGCUGCCGUUGACAAGUGUUGGAGAAACCUAGACUCUUAAUUCUUUUGUUUGUGAUUUUGUAAAUCCUUAAGUGGUUAAUUCUGAAAUAUUCUUCAUCCCUGAGCAGAAUAAUUUCUUUUCUCAUCAUAGUUACAUUGAGAAAUAAUAUCCUCAAGGAUGGAUCUGCAGGAUUUUAAUGGAGAUACAAGUCAAUCUGUUAACUGCAAAAUGUUUCUUCUUGACAUGGUUUUACAACUCUCUUUUAAACUUCAUUUCAUGUUCUCUUGUAUCUUGGAUAGGGGAUGGUCUCAUUCCCUUUUAUUUCUGUGACUAUUCUUCAAAUUGCUGAAAUGUGGUUCACAAUCAGAAUGCUUGAGACAUUGGCAAAGGUUGAAGGAGACUGACAAUGCAAGGGCUUAUAGCUGAAGAAUGCUGCACUGAACAUUAUUGGCAAUCUUGUUUAUGGACUGGAGAUAGAUGGUGGACAACUCGCCAAAAAGACGAGUAGAUAGUGGAACAUGAUAGGCUAAGCUAUGCAUUCCUUCUUAGCCGUCAGGGCUUAACAUCUUUUGUUGAUACUCCACAUCAUAAGUUAUAUGGAGGCUAAGAAAAUGUAGUAAACCAGCAUUACCCCUGACGAGAUUCCAAAUCUUAUUAAAGCUUAAGGUUCAAAUACCCCAUCACGAAUGGAGAACAUGGAACCCUUGGGACCCCCCUGAACUAUUGGUGUCUUCAGCUGGGCAGAAAAUUGAUAUUCCCAACGUCCCCAGGAACCAAAGUGGAAUUGUUACUAUGUAACCUGUCCAAUAAUGAGGCCUUAAUCUCCAGUCAGAUGAAGUUCCUAUCGAGGAAGCAGUUAUAUAGUAUCUCCUCACAAGAAGUGCAACAGCCAUCAACAUGAAUAUGACUAGAAUGCUCACAGAUGGCUAGCUUGUUAAGACAUCCAAGCUUGAAAAGAAAGCAAUCAGACCACUUGAGACGGCAGUUUUUGGUGUUCCAGUCUGGAUGGACAAAAGACCAUGGUCUGAUCACUUGUGCUCAUGCAAUAUGAUUCGUGUAUCUUGCCUGCGCUAGUGCCCCUACCAGAAGGACAGUGGUUACCCCUUAGGGGCUCCAAGAGCUACUAGGUACUACUUAGUCCAUUUCAUUCCAGCAGCAACAGAAGAGGAAGCACCUAGAUCUAUCUGUGUCAUACAUAGGAAAAGUAUUAGCAAGCAAUAUAUAACAGUGAUGUAUUUUUAUUCUUUUGGCCAGAAAAAAAGGGUGUUGAAAUUUGAUGUGUUGGCAUGAGCGAACCCUGGAAUUAUCACUAACAAUAUUACUAGUGUAUUCCCUGAAGUUGCUAUCUGUUUGGAUUGUGAAGUUUUCUUCAUGCUGUUUACUGCAGUGGUUGUAGCAAUUGCCAAAACUGCAACUGCAAUGGUUUCCAAAAGGUUA